AGCUUGUGGCUCAAAGGAUGUCAGCCACUCACUGAAGGUAAGUGGCCAUGGCGGAAGAGGCGCCCGCAAGCCCCGCGGGCGAUGCCCAGGCGCCAGUGGACGAGGAGUCAGCCAGCCGCACGUUCUUCACCGGCAUCGAUGCAGAAGCCGGCAAGAAGAAGGGCUCCAAGGACAAGAACAGGUUCAGGAAUCUGGAAGCCACAGAUGCCGGCAACAAGAUCAUGACUCACUUCCAGGACCUCACGCAUUUGGCCAACUCCUUGGAUCUCCGCAUGGAAGCCCUCCUCAAAGAGCACGAGCAGGAUUUCUUCCUGGCAUACAAGACCCACAUGUACAAAGUCCAGAAAGAUAUCAAGCUGCUCCGAAUGAAGGCGGAGCAGGAAGAAGCCAAGACCCGGGAGGACACCAAGAUCAAGGCGCUGGAAGGCGAGCUGGACCGCUUCAUGACGCAGGCACUUCGACUUGACGAGCUCUGCAAGGGAUACAAGAAGGAGGUGGACAAAUGGAAGGCCAAGGCCGAAGCGCUGGAUGAGGACCGAAGGUUCUUGGAGGACCAGAUCAAAGGUGCCAAGCGCCAGAACAAGAUCCUUCGAGCCGCAGCAGAGCGUGCGCGAUCGUCUGCGUACUCGGCGCUGAACGCCACAAAGGCCAAGUCCGAGGGGGCGGAACUGGAGGCGGAGCCCUCUCCGCCGCUGGGCGAGGUCGGCCGAAGGCCCGCGAGCUCCAGCCGCGCCGUGGGCUCUGCGGCCCGGCGGGUGAUGGAGGCUCGCUCGGCGACGCCGGAGGUGGCCAGUCGAGGGCCGGACAGACUGCAAGACGCAAUCACUCCGGCCGGCACUCGUGCAGCGACUAGUGGGCCAACAGGCCGCAGUGUGCUUGGCAACGAGGCCGAGCAGAGAUACGUAGAGGCGAUCCAAAGCCUGAAAGAGGGCAUUCAGAAGGAGCAGUACAAUGUCCGCAUGCUGCAGGCUGCGCGUGCAACUUCUUACUCGCACAAGAGUGAGAUGGAGGAGUUCUUCCUGAAGUGCAUCGACGAAGCCCGGAAAGAGCUCAUGAGGAAGAAGCACAUCACGGUGAACUGGGAAAAGUCUGACAGGGAAAAGGUGCUGGAAGCCAUGCUCAACAACGAGGACAUUCUGGUGUGUCUCUAUGAGAAGCUCUUCCCACACCGAACAGGCAUUGCCAGGAGCUUGGGAGGCGCGAACGAGGGCCCCCAGACUCUGGACUUCUAGGCCGCGCGUUUUUGUUCCUUCGGCCGAGCGAAGGACGGAUGGCUCGGUGCUUUUUUGAGUCGGUGCCCUGUUUUGGGUGUUUUUUAAGGGAAGCUGAAAGGAAAGCCCAAGCCGUUUUCGGGUGUCUCCGAAAAAAAGAGACAUCUUUGUAGAUCACACACACGGCGCAUGGACGGAGAGACUGCCAGGCAGCUCACUUCCCACGAAUUCCAGGCACCAAAGUGUGUGUCUCAGUCGUUGCACAAGAACAAGUCUCCAGGCGUCAAGAUUCAUUACAGGUGAGAGCAGAGGCCUCCUGAUGGGAAGCCAAUGGCCACGUCUCACUGAAAGUCUCACUCGUGCAACAGGACCUGUUUCUUGACCCAAAAAUAACGCUGAGCGCGGCGUGGCAAGGCGGC